UUCAUUUUCGGGGAUUCCUAUUCGCUCUGCAACUACAAAUGUCUCCUUUUCUUGGUUCACUGUCUCCCUCCACUCUCUCUCUACCCUCGCCGGCGGUUUAGGGUGGUGCAGGAAUUCAUCGCUCCGUUAAUCGGAUGCUCCUUCUCUGGUGCCGAUGAAGGUAAUCGACGUCGACGGCGUGCCGCAGUUUAAGUUUUCGUUUUCGCUGCCUUCGAGGAGAUGCCUACAGUGGCGCUUCAAGCCAUGCUGGUUUCUGAUUGUGAUGUAUUUGGUGCUUUGCUUUCCGUUUGCGGUGAAGAGCCGUUUGUGCCUGGAUGACGUUCAUGUAUCGCGACACUCUGAUUUGGGAAGUUCAGUCCAUGGUCGACAGAGUUUUGGGGGUUAUUAUGAACCUGGGAAUGUUUGUUCUUUCUCUAGUUCUUUCUGCUUUCAGUCAACUUUGGACGGUUAUAUAGCUCAAGAGGAUGACUGGCGAGUGCCCUCCGUCGAAGCCGCAAAGGGCUUUGAUCAGACAUCCAAGAGCGCAGUUUUCAAGAUGAAUAAUGGAGAGAUUGUUUCUUGCUUUUUAAGGAAUUCUGGAAGCGGAAUCCCUCUUCUGCAAGGUUUUGGAAAUAGCAGUGUUAGUGCGGAUAGAGUGGACUUCUGUGAGGGUUCCCUUUUUCCUGAUCUUUGGAUGAAGGCUUCUAGUGCGCCAAACAGUGACCUUGAUGAGCAUCUAGAUGAGGCGGAGCCAGGAAUUUUUAUAAGUUCCACAUUCUUUCCUGAAAUAGAGAUACGCCCACCAAUUUUGGAUUGGGGGGCCAAAAACAUAUACUCUCCUUCCCUGGAAAUUCUAGAAGUUGUCAACAAGCAUAAUGAGAGUGUUUUAGAUGUCUACGAUCUGUUUAGCUCUAACACACAGUUCAAUGCAUACAGUUUCCAGACACUCUCACUGUCACCAGGAGAAUCUGCAUCAAUUCCUCUCAUUUUCUUACCUAGAUGGUUGGGUUUUUCUUCAGCUCAACUAGUUUUGCAAACCAGCUUUGGGGGUUUUGUCAUUCAUGCUAAAGGAGAAGCUACAGUGUCCCCCUACCAUUUGCAACCUUUAGUGGGAUUUAACAUUUAUACUGGUAAGAAGUUGAGCGGAAACUUGUCACUUUAUAAUCCUUAUAAUGACUUGCUUUAUGUCAAAGAAGUAGCCGCAUGGAUUCCAAUCUCUGGUUCAAAGAAAACUAACUCAGCACAUGUUUUCUGUAGCGCAAAUAGAUUUCAGCAAUAUGACAUUCAAUCAGCUUCUAAUACUGACAGUGAGUGGUUCAGUCUGAGAAGUGGCGAAUUGGGAUCAUCAAGGAUGGAUAUUAGGCCUCAUCAGUACUGGGAGGUGCCACCGAAUAGCUCUGGAGUUAUUUUUGAACUGAAUUUGUGGCCUCAUUUGGGCCAUAAAAUUUCUGGAGCUAUCUGCUUGAAGUUAGGUAAUUCUUCUCAUAGAAGUUUUGAGACAGCAAUACUUCCUAUUGACAUAGAAGUGCGUGAAAAAGAGAGUUACACUGACUCAAGUGGUUCUGUUUCAUUAUACUUCGACGCUUUGAUUCCAUGUCAUGGAAGGAAAACAGUCUAUGCCAUCUCCUUAAGAAAUGAUGCAUCAUAUUUGCUACAUGUUGUAAAGAUCAGUGAAGAAACAAAAUCUUGUAAUAUUUUUGAGAUAAGAUACAUGGAAGGUCUAUUACUUUUUCCUGGGAUGGUUACACAGAUAGCCUUGGUAACUUAUACUCAUCCCCUUAAUUCACAGGAUGGAGGAGCUGAAAACCAUAGUUCAGGUUUGAAUUGCAUGCUUUCUGUAAGGACAAAUGAUUCUGUCAACCCUGAGAUGAGUAUUCCUUGCCAAGAUCUAGUCCUUAGCUCUUGUAAAUAUCAGCAUGGUUUUCAAUCAGAGGGUUCAUAUGUCAAAUUGAUCUCCAAACAUGAGGAUGAGAAAUGUGCGAGUACCAUUGCUGAAUCUCUUGGAAAUGCUCAUGAAGAAUCAUCACAAUUCCAGCCAAUUGAAUAUGAUGAUCUGGUGCUCGACAAUUGGAAAUCUCAAGCCACCAUGAGCAUGAUGUCUGUGCUUGAAGACCAAGAACUGUUGUUUCCAGUAGUUCAAGUAGGAAGCCAUUACUGCAAGUGGAUCAGUGUGCACAAUCCCAGUCAAAAACCAGUUUUGAUGCAACUUCUACUGAACCCUGGGACAAUCAUCGAUCACUGCAAGUCUACUGAUGAGCUUUCAGAACAUACAUUCUUGACCAAAUUUUCGCACAUUGAUUCAGCAGAAAUUCGAGUCGGCUUCUCGAUAGCAGAAUCUGCUGUAACAGAAGCUUUAGUUCACCCUCAAGAUAGCGCUUUAUUUGGCCCCGUCAUAUUUCUUCCUUCGAAUCGGUGCAUGUGGAGGAGCUCUGCUUUGAUAAGGAAUAAUCUUUCAGGUGUAGAAUGGUUUCCACUUCAAGCAUUUGGUGGCUCUCAGUCUCUAGUCAUUCUUGAGGGCUCUGUCCCCAUUUUUAAGCUAGAUUUUGAUCUCCACUUUCUGCUGACUUUUAAUUUAUCUGCCUCGGACACUCUCAUUCCCUUAGAAAAAUCUGCUUCUUUCUGCAGUAAUCUAUUCUUCAAAGAGCUCUUUGCUAAGAAUACCGGCGAGCUUCCUCUUGAAGUAAUUAAAAUGAAAGUUUCUGGAUCUGAUUGUGGCUCCGAUGGGUUCACAAUACAUAAUUGUAGAGGGUUUUCUCUGGCUCCAGGGGAAUCAACAAAUCUUCUUAUUUCAUAUGAAUCAGAUUUCUCCACUUCUGUUAUUCGCAGAGAUCUAGAGCUUGCUAUGGAUACAGGGAUUUUAGUGAUACCUAUGAAAGCAAGCAUUCCUGUCUACAUGCUCAACAUGUGUAGGAAGCCCCUCUUCAGAUCAUUGCAUUGGAAACUAUUUCUAGUGCUUCUUUUUGUUUCUUCCAUUAUUCUUCAUACUCUAUUCCGAAUAAUUCCUCAGUCUUUCUCCCCCUCCAAUGAUGACUAUUUCAUCAAGUUCAGCAAUACUGUGGGAUCCCAACACAAGACUGAAUCUUCUUCACCUCUCCAACGUAACACUAGAAAUUCCAGGGCUUCGCGAGACGACGAAAAAUAUGAGGCGGCUCAUUAUUUCAAUCGUUAUCUUGACUGUGCUCCUGAUCACCGCGAUACAGCUAGAAAGAAGCUGAUUUCGGGAUGCUUAGAUGAUAAAAAAAUUGACAGUUUUUCUCCACAGUUACAAAAUAGUCGCAUAGAAGUUCCUAAUAAUGCCCAUACAUUUGAAAUCCCACAAAAUUGUAAUCUCACCGUCCGAAUUGUGAGAGACAAGGUUCGAAGAAGAAAGAGGAAGCCGAAUGGAGCAGGACUAGCAGCAAAAUUUGAUGUUUCAAGCAGUCAGAGUGGGAAUUCUACACCUUCUUCCCCAUUAUCCCCCAACAUUUCCACUCCUAAACAUUCACUGGCCCAAUCUCCCGACUCUACUGUUCAUCUUUCUACUGACGAAUCCAAUGAACAAUACUGUCUAAGGAAGCCUGGUUCUGAAACUUCUAAUCUUUCAAGAAAGACAGAAAGUGCAAAGUACUCUGAUCAAGCUCUGCCUUCAGUAGCCACCAAAUUCCUCGGAAAGCCGAGUCUGUUGCCGAGCGCCACCUUCCCCGGACCUGGUUGGCGCUCACCUGAUGUGGCUGCUUCGAGCUCCUUGUCUCCAAUAUCUCUUAUCGCUCCGUGUGCACGUGCACCUGGGUCUAAGCUUCGUGAAGAAAAGACGAUAAAGGGCGAUGGGAGCGAUGCAGUUCAGAAAGAUUUCACUUAUGACAUUUGGGGAAAUCAUUUUUCGGAGCACAUGUUUUGUAGAUCGAUGGAGAGCUCUCUGAAGUUGCCAGAUGAUUCAGAAGGUGGCUCUCAUAGUUUCUUCACCAGUGACCCUCAGUCCCCGAUGAUGAUGGCGCUGCCAAGGUCUGUUUCUCCAGGUUUGGAAUUUCCCCUCUGAUGUAAAUUGUUAAUUGAUGAAAUGAAGUGGACUGUUUUGUAACUAGAUAUUUGUCUCCUUAAAAUUUUCUGCAUUUUCAUAAACUUUUUUAUGCCUACUGGCUUUUAGAGUUUUUUCAUAUUGAUACAAAUGGUAAAUACCAAAUGAACAAACUACAGGUGCGCGCCAAUAAAUCUAACAAACUACAGGUGCGCGAACAAACUACCGAUC